AUGGGGACGCGUCAGGCUUCGGAGCAGGAGUUUGUGGCGGUGCCGCGGGAUGUGCAUGUGACGGAGCGGGUCCAAGGCGUACCGGUGACACGGCAGAUUGAGGAGAUCGAGCCUCAGUUCCGCGAGCAAACGAUCGUGCGUGCCAUUCCGACGGAGAAAGUGGUGUACCACGACCGCAAGACGCCGGUGGUGCACCGCCGCAUUGUGGACGAGUACGUAGAGACGCCUGUGGAGCGGGGCGUGACCACGACGUUUGUACCACGCAUUACGGUGCAGGAGCGUGAGAUCGAAGUGCCGGUGCCUCGGAUUGUAUGGAAGGAACGUGUGCAGGAAGUGCCCGAAGUCCGUGAGAUCGUGCGCUACGUAGACACGGAGGACAACGUGGAACGCGUGAUUCGUUAUAUCCCCGACACGCCGAACAUGAACCUGAGUCCGGCUGCGAGUCCGGGUAUGCCUGACGAGGAUGAUGAGAGUCUCGAGGGCGUAGUCUUGCCCAAACAGCGCAAGUUCCAACCGCCCGACGCUCCCGCACCGGUGACCAUCGACAUCCCCGUACCCUUCAUGGUGCCGAAGCCACUAUGCAUCAGCAUCGACGUGCCCAUGAUCCGUUUCCGCGACCACUUCGUGCCCGUUCCCGUGCGGCGCCACGUGACUCCGAAACUCAGUUUCAACGAGAACUCCUACGACGUGCCGUGCGUCCGAGAAAAGCCCGUGCUCAUUGUCAAGGACCAGAUGAAGCCGGUACCUGUGGACGUGCACAUCCGUGUCCAGGAAAAGGACAUCCAGGUCGACCCGAUCGAUGCGCAAGACCUCUCACAGGCCGACUACCACGCCAUGUGGAUGCGCCUCGCUGCAGACCAACUCGACGCUUUCCGCGCCGCCCACGGCGGUAAAUACCCGAGAGGAAUGCACGUGCCCGAAGACAUGAAGACUGCGACACGGACGCGGAAGGCGAAGGCCAAGAAAGCCAGGAAGGGUUGA